AAUCAUUUUCCUAAGAAGCUGGUUGUAGCGGCUGCGAGAUGCCUUUCUGAAGUCUGAGCUCAGAGAGAGAAUUAGAUGAUUAUGAAUAGAGCAUGUGAGACUUGGCGGCGCGUCUCGACGUCUUGCGUGUCGUUGAUCUCCUCAACUCAGUCUCUCUGAUUGUAUCACAGCCCGCUUUACUUGCAAUUUUACAGUCAUGACGCUUGGUCGAAGCAUCUUCACAAAUAUCGCAAAGCGGCGCUAUCCUCGCUUACUACAUACUUCGGGAAGUAGCAAAUCAAUGCACUUCCACCCUCAAACCGACAUGAAUCCUUUGUUCUGCUACACCAGCGGACGAUGGUUAUGGAAUGAGCGUGAGCAACUGGAAGCCCGAUAUCGACGUUUCGACGUGCCCAGUCUUCAGCAAGCGGCCUGCCAAGCCGUCGGCGCAGACAAGUGUGUAUCUAUUGAGAAGAUUGGUGAAGGCAACUACAACAAGGCAUAUCGUCUUGAGAUGGAAGACGGCCAGAAGGUCAUCGCAAAAGUCCCACAUCCUAAUGCUGGCCCACCAGUACUUACCACUACAUCGGAAGUGGCAACUAUGGAGUUUGCCCGGACCAUUCUGGAUAUACCCGUCCCAAAGGUUCUUGCUUGGAGUGCUACCGACCAAAGUUCUGUCCAGGCAGAAUACAUCAUCAUGGAAGAAGCAAGAGGCUCCCUACUCCACGAAGUCUGGCGAGAUCUUUCACUGCGGACGAAGUCUGACAUCAUUCGUGAGUUUGUAGACAUCGAAAGGAAACUACUCUCAGUCUCCUUUGAUAGGUAUGGUUCAGCUUGCUCCAAUGGAGAAUUUGCCGCCAGUUUGACUUACGCUUGUUGACAGACUGGGAUCAUUGUAUUUCAAGGAUAGUGAUAUCGCGGGAUGCGAGCCUGCUAUCGUUACAUCUGGCCCGCAGGAUGUCGUCGGUCAUGUCGAAUCACGUUAUUGCAUUGGACCCAUCACUCGAACAGAGUUCUGGGUGAAACAGCGCAGUGACAUGCACUACUAUGGUCCUUGGACAUCUUCUGCAGAAUACCUAGAGUCUGUCGCUCACCGUGAGCUCG